GGCAUGGAGUUCAGAUGCAUAGCUAUUAGUAAAGUUGCUGAAGCAAACAUUCACGAUUAUACAAGUCGGUGAAUAGAGUCAUCAAUAUAAGGAUUCACAUACUGAUAUUUCAAUACGAUCUUGAGAAGUGUGCUGAGGAAUACACACACAGUAUUUCAAACAGGCUGUUUAAUAAAAUUAACUUCAAAAGAAGUUUCUUUUCAUCGAACACAUGACUAGACUGAUGCUUGAUGUUUGUGUCGUCUUUAUAGCGGCGACUUUGCUGCAGACGACAGAUGCUCGACGUGGUGGAGGCAGAAACAACAAUCCGGGAUUUCCAGUGACCGAGCUUGACCUCGUUUUGAACUACAAGAUAAAAAUACCGGACUGUUUCAUUGGAAACAUGAAAAGGGGUUUCCGUAAAGAACGUCGUCAACGGAAAAAGAAGGUUGGCAUAUACACGGACAAGAACGGACACGGAUCUUUCGCCUGUGAAGCGAGUAAAAGCAAUAAUUCGCAGUUAAGCUGCGAUAUCAGCGGGUUUGUGCAUUUCAAUGGCACGGCCUGCUUCAUCGGAGGCGGAGUUAACGAAACUGUGUGUUAUAACGUUACCACGGAAAGAUACCUGAAAUGCCGUAUCCCACCUGAUGUUGUGAGAGCGAAUAGUUUCGGUACUAUGCAACGGUUAGCAGAUUUACAGGCUCGUGGCCGUCGCUCCAUUCUCCCGUCGCCGGGAUUCAAAGUUGUUGAAACUGCGUUUGCACUGGACGAAGCAUUAAUGAAACAAUUCUACGAUCGCCACCCGGGAAACACGACGGCUGCCGAAGCAGAAGUUGAACUCUUCGUUGCACUGUUGGUAAACGAGGUUAGAUCUGCUUGACACGGACGGAAGCAGAGGGUUGCUAGGUUUGGCUGAACUUGGUUCGGUAUAUGAUGACUCGAAGGACAGGUACUCCAUCAACGAGUUCACAAUCGAAAAUUGGCCUUUGUGACGUCACAAGAAAUGGGACACUCACUUGGAGCUGACCAUGAUUCGACGGAAGAAUGCCUACCCGGAAAGAACGUGAUGUCCGCCCACAUGUUUGCGCCUUCCGCGAGCACCGCAGACACCUACAGCAGACAUUCGAAUUGCACGGCCAAUAAUGGUUUCACGGACGAGAAGUUCAGAGCCUCGUUUUGCAGCGGCCUGCUUGGUCAGCGAGCAAACAGCCUUGACCUUCAGUGUCAGAAGCGAUCUGGCUUUUCCGGAAGUACCGUGUGCGACGGGACUAUCAGCGGCGAUGAGGGCUGUUGCGAAUAUGGUCAAGUUAAUUGUGAAGAUGCCAGCGGCGGAUGCAACGUUAGCCUCGGAUUCGUAUGGAACGGAACUCCGUGCGGCAGCGAACGGAUGUGCUUGAAAGGAAGAUGCGUGCCUAACUUUCGACAUAUGCAAUACUACGACCACUACGAUCCCAACAACAGCCACGAGAUCCACAACAACAACCACUCGGCCAACAACAACAACCUCUUGGCCCACAACCACAACAAGGCCCACAACAACAACUACGCCAACAGCAACCAAUAAGCUCAUAACUUCCCAGCCCACAACCACCAAGUCAAAAAGCACUAGGGCCAAAACACCAACCAUAGAGGAAGGACAAGAUGAAAUUAAUGAUGAUGGAGAAGAUUAUUUAAACAGUAGCACUAGGGCCACAACACCAACCAUAGA